AUGCCCGCCUCUUCUAACAACUACUCCGAGCCUCUUCAGGGAAAGGUCUACGCCAUUACUGGAGGUGCCAGUGGCAUUGGUCUCGCUACAGGGAAGCUCCUUGCUAGCAAAGGAGCCACUAUCUGUAUUGCAGAUGUUGAUCCAGAGGCUAUGAAGAAAGCUGAAGGUAUUUUCAUCGAAGCUGAUUCUCCAUACAUGAUCUCCAAGGUCGAUGUUUCGAGCCGAGCUGAAGUAGACACAUGGAUCAAGUCCAUCAUUCAAAAGUACGGCCGGCUGGAUGGUGCUGCCAAUGUGGCAGGAGUAAUCGGCAAGUGCCAUGGCAUAAAGGCCUUGGAUGAGCUCGAAGACGAGGAUUGGGACAGAAUUAUCGCCGUAAACCUCACCGGUACAAUGUAUUGCAUGCGCGCGCAGCUACAAAACAUUGUGGAUGGAGGCUCCAUCGUCAAUGUAUCAUCCAUCCACGGCUUGAAAGGUGUUUUGCUAGGCACAGCGCGUAUGACGCGAGCAAACAUGGUGUCAUAG